AGGCGCCUCAGUCCGGACCCAGGAGCUCACCAAGGCACCAGAAGCACCAAGGGCUGCGAGUGACCUCUCCCCGGAGUCAGACUCCUCGGCCUCUUCUGCUGCUUCAGGGCCAUGGCGCUGCUCUCCCAGGGCCUGGAGCCGGUGGGCUUCCUGCAGGCGCUGCGCUCGCUGGCCCUGGGGGCGGUGGCCCACCUGCAAGGCUCGGCCUCGGCGGAGGAGCUGGCCUUUGUCCGGCGGGAGCUGGAGCUGCUGGAGCGGGAGCUGGCGGCGGGGCCGGGGCUGCUGGAGGACGGGGGGCUGGCCGUGCUGGAGGACUGCGUGGCCGCCUCCUUCGCCCACCUCUGCCUGGCCGUGCGCGCCGGGGGCAGCCCCCACGCGGCCCGCGAGACCGAUCUCUUCCUGCAGGGCUGCGUCGGCGACAAGCUGGAGCGGCGGCUGCUGGGCCUGUGGCGCCGGGUGCAGGGCUGCUCGGUGGUGGCCCUGCAGCGCCCGCUCCUGGCGCAGGUCGUGGAGCAGCACCGCCCCCGCCGCCCGGACGCGGCCCGCCUCUGCCGCAAGCUGAUGGCGGUCUUAGGAGCUGGGCUGCUGGCUCUGCUCUGCGAGGCUGGCCUGACCCGGCGCGACCCGGCCCUGCUGCUGGGCGUCUGGGGAGAGCGUGUGGCCGCCGUCCACUCCCGCACCAAGGAGGCCCUGGCCCUCUGCGCAGGAUACUUCCGCCCGCAGGCCCAGGAAGAUCUCCAGCAAGCCCUGAUCCUGCACCAGCAGAAGAAGGCGAAGGCAUCCCCUGACCUGGCCGAACUGGCCGCCGGGCUCCUGCGGAAGCUGGAGCAGAACUACGACUGGCUCUCCUGGGCAGUGAUGGCCUGGAAGGAGGAGGAGGUGGAGGAAGAGGAGGAGGAGGGAGGCGAGGAAGGCGAGGAGGGUCCUGCCAAGGGGUCCGUGCUGGCCCAGGGCGACUUCGUGGCCGGACGGGCCCCCGAGGCCGGGCUGCGGGCGGUGGCCUGCUUCCGGGAGAGCCCCUCGGCCCUGGACCGCGCCUGCAUCCACCGCCUGGUCGGGGAUCUGGAGUGGAAGCUGCCCAACCCGCCGCCCGAGGUCUACGCCCGCCUGGAGGCCCGCCCGGCCCUGGCCCGUGGCUACCUGGCCCGGCGCAUGCUAAGGAAGCUGGCCGAGGGGCUGGGGCCCAGCGUCACCGUCCUGGUGGUCCCCGGACCACUGGAGAUGCGGAGCAACUUCCCCGCGGCUGCCAGCCUGCGCCACGAGUACCGGCACCGCAUGGCCUCCGGCACCGUCUGCCUCUUCGGAUGAGGAGCCGCCCAUCCCGUAAACGCAAGAGCAACAAGGGCAAGGCAUUGAAUGUUUGCCCAAGGCGUUAAAUGUUUGCUUUUUUUGCCUGUAAGCCGCCCAGAGUCCCCCAGGGGAGAUAGG